UGUCAACAAUUAAAAUGGCAGCGGAGUUGGCGUCUUUUGUAGAGUUAGACAUUCUUUCAGUAAUUCUCUAUUUAAUAUGAGAGAAUGCGAGUCUGUUUAUCAUUAGGAAAGUGAAAUAAAUACUAAUUUAAUCACUUCAUUUUAAGUAUGUACACAAAUCCUUGCUCAUUCGUCGCGUUUCUGAUAACGAAGAUAAUGUGUAUCGUGUAGAGGUUCUAAUGUUUUAUAACUCUAUCGAAUCUGUCGCCGCGAAUCUAUGAAAUUUAAUAUCAAAUUUUCAAUAGAAAAAUAAUAUUAUAAGAUGGAAUUUGUGAAGGCUUGUCGUAUUUGUUUAAAUAUGGAUGUUAAAUUGCAUAACUUGCGGGCGUUUCCAUUAGAAUCUUAUUAUGAUUCAGUUAUAGGAAGUAAUUUGCUCUAUACAACAAACCUGCCAUCAUAUGCAUGCUAUGAGUGUGCCCAUCUGUUGAGAAAGUUUUAUCAUUUUAAACAAAGGAGUUUGGAGAGCCAAGCAGCUCUCACUGGGAUAGUUGAUAAGUUUGGAAAGCUAUCACCUCCAGAAAUAAAACAAAUAAAAAGGCAGAGUCUAUUACAACUUUCUAGCACUAACAUCAUCUACAUAGAAAAUCUGAAUUCUAUAUCAGAUGUCGAAAUCAAAAUAGAACGGAAUCAACAAGAUGGAUUUGAAGAACUAGAUGAUAUUAUAAAGGAGGAGAAUGAUGAUUAUUUGUCAGUGGCCCCGCUGUCCAGUGAUGAUGAUGAGCCACUAUCUCAUCACAAGGAGAAGAAGGAGCAACAUGUUAUUGAGAUUGAGAAGUUUGAUAUGAAGGAGGAUGUUGAUGGUAUUGAUUUUAACGAAUCCAACGAAGAUCAAUCCCAGUCUCUACCCGAUAUUAGUGAAAUUAUAGUGAAGAAGAAAAAAGGCCGGCCUCGGAAGACACCAGCUACAUCGAAAUGCAAGAAAAUCACCAAAUCCAAAGCCAGUAUUAAGAACGAAAGUAAUGACGACCUCAGACAGUUUAUAACGGUUAUUUCACUGACGGAAGCGGAACAAAUAGAAGAGGUACAGAAACGUAAGACCACAUCCAACUACCUGAACUCUCCGUAUCAAUGUGAACUGUGCUUCAAAGGGUUCAUACACCCGGAUACUUGGAACCAUCACGUCUCUAAACAUUCCCCGGCCGCAGGCGACAUAGAGUGUCAUAUCUGCAAGUUUAGGUUCAAGACGAAGCGCGCGUUUCAAAAGCAUUUGUCAUCUCACGAGAAGAAAUACGCCUGUAACUCUUGCCCAUACGUAUCUACGAACAUGACUCAAGCAAAACAGCAUCAAGGUUGGCAUAACGGCGUCACGUUUAAGUGUAAACAUUGCGGUGAAAUCUUUACUGUGUGGACGUCAUACAUGAGUCACAUGCGCAUCAAGCACCCGUCGGAGUUCAUAUGCGGCAUAUGCGGGUACUCCUUCAUCAGUAAACUGGGGCUCACCAUGCACAAAACCAUGAUGCAUAAAGAUGUCUUAGAAAAAUCUACUGAAGUGAAGGAAGAAGAAGAACCUUAUUGCGCAGAGUGCGACGUUAAGUUUAUAUCAACGAAGGCGUAUAAACGACACAUGGUCAUGUCCGUCAAGCAUACCAAUAAUAUGGACUCUGUUAAAGGCUGUCGGAACUGUGGGGAAACAUUCAAGACAUCAGAGGAACUACGGCUCCACCAUCGCAAGGAACACACGAGAACCAGACCCAAGAACUAUGGCAAGAAACAAUCUAAUUCGUGGCCCGCUAAGUGUGAACAUUGUUCUGAGGAGAUCGCGAACGCGCGCGCGUACUGGACGCACUUCCGGCGCGCGCACCCCGACAAGAACUACCCCGUGCAGAAGGACUACGUGUGCGACGUCUGCGGGAAGAGCUUCCGGGGCAACGCGUUCCUGGUGUACCACAAGCGCACGCACACGGAGGAGCGCGCCUACAAGUGCUCGCAGUGCGGGAAGGCCUUCUACAACAGGACCAACCUGCACGUCCACGAGAAGACGCACUCCGACCACCGGCCCUACCCCUGCUCGCUCUGCUUCAAGGCAUUCAAGGGGAAGGGCGCGCUCAACAGGCAUUUUAGAAGCCACACGGGGCAGAAGCCGUACGAGUGCGAGGUGUGCGGCAAGAGCUUCACGCAGUCCAACAGCCGCAAGCUGCACGUGCGGACCGUGCACCUGAAGCAGCCCUCGCCCUACCUCAGCCGCGCCAGGCUCGAGCGCAGGGCCAAGCCCGCCAAGGACGAGCCCGCCUUCAUAUACUAACAUACUACACGUUAUACGUGGACCUGUGAUAAACUAGUAGCAAGACCGCAGGACUAGCCUUUUCCCAACGUCUUGUCCCAUUCUACGAGGUUUUUUGAAGUAGCGCAGAUGAUGGCUAAAGAAGGUAACGAUGGCUAAAGAACCAUAAUAAAUCAGUUUGUUUCGCCA